UAAAACAUCAUUAGAAAAAAAAUAUGAAAAAAAGUCAAAACAGCUGAUGAAUGCUUGAGGCAUCAAAAUUGCAAUUUGUGAAAUUUUAAAUCGUGAUUUAGGUAUAUAAUUACAAUGGCUGAAAUACAAACUCUAAUAGAAAUGGGAUUCUCCAAAGAGCGAGCAGAGAAAGCACUAGCUGUAACGAAUUACAAAGGGGUUGAGCCGGCUAUGGAAUGGUUAUUGGCACACGCUGAUGACCCAGCCAUGGACACUACUGGCGGGCAAAUGCUAGGAUCCAGUUCGUCAUCGAAUGUAGCGGAAACCGCCGAAACGCCCCCCGUGCCGGCCGAAUCGACUGCCGAAAGUUCGUCACAAGCUGAAGCCAAGUCAUUCAAAUGCGAUGAAUGUGGUAAAUUGCUUAAGAAUCAGGACGAAAUGGAAUUUCAUGCGGCCAAGACGAAUCAUAGCAGCUUCUCGGAGUCCACGGAAGAGAAAAAGCCUUUGACUGAAGAGGAGAAAAAAGCUCAGCUGGCGUUGCUAGAGGAGCGAAUGAAACAGAAGCGGAAGGAAAGGGAAGAUAGGGAAAAGGCUGAGGCAUUGGAAAGGGAACGCCUCCGUAUCAAGUCUGGUAAAGAUUUACAAGAUGCCCGUUUAAGGCUACAGGAGCAGGAGAUGACUAAAUUGGUAGAGCAGCGCAGAAGAGAGAAAAUUGAGGAUCAGAAAGCAAGGGAAAGAGUACGGGCACAAAUUGAGGCUGAUAAACAAGCGAGAAAGUUGGCAGCGUCCGGAGGCGCAGCGCCCGCGCCCGCGCCCGUCCCCGCCGCGCCUCCUGUUGCGGCGUGCGCGCCGGCGCCGCGCGGCUCCUACGAGCAGGCGCGGAUCCAACUACGGCUGCCAGACGGGAAGGCACUCGCACACACCUUCGGGGCCAAGGAACAGUUGGCUGCUGUUAGAUUAUACUUACAAAUAAAUGCCCAAGAGUACGCCCAGCAAGACUUCAAGUUGAUGACAACAUUCCCAAAGAAGAUCUUCACUUCUGAGGAUUAUGAGAAACCUCUUGAAUCGUUGGGUUUGGUUCCAUCAGCAGUAAUUAUUGUGUCGAAGGGCCAAUAGCGUUAUUUUUAAGUUAAUUAUACCCGUGACGGGCUGGGAUUUUAUUAUUCGUGUUGGCAUAUGGCACAAAGUUAAAAUUAAUGUAAUAUUUGAAGACUCAUUAAAAAUAAAAUUUGCGUAUGGUAA